AAGAUUUUUCUACGGAGGUUUUCUCGGGACAAAUCAUAUUCGAGAGAUCUGAACGGUUAUUCAAUGGGAACGCUUCAGUCAUGGCGAAGAGCUUAUGGAGCCCUAAAAGACACCACUAAAGUCGGCCUUGUCCGAGUCAAUAGCGAUUACGCCGAAUUAGAUGUUGCCAUUGUUAAAGCUACUAACCAUGUCGAGUGUCCUCCCAAAGAUCGUCAUCUCAAGAAAAUUUUCCUUGCAACAUCAGCAAUUCGGCCUCGAGCAGAUGUUGCUUACUGCAUUCAUGCUCUCUCCCGGCGAUUGCACAAAACCAGAAAUUGGACGGUUGCACUAAAAGCACUACUUGUCUUACACCGGCUUCUAAGGGAUGGUGAUCCGACGUUUAGAGAGGAGCUGUUGAAUUUUUCUCAGAAAGGACGGAUUAUGCAAAUUUCUAAUUUCAAGGAUGACUCGAGCCCAGUCGCCUGGGAUUGUUCAGGGUGGGUACGCACUUAUGCAUUAUUUCUUGAGGAACGCCUUGAAUGCUUCAGGGUUCUGAAAUAUGACAUCGAGGCUGAACGUCUUCCAAAAGUUUCCCCAGGGCAGGAGAAGGGGUAUAGCAAAACAAGGGAUUUAGAUGGUGAAAAACUCUUGGAACAGUUACCAGCUUUACAGCAGCUUCUGCAUCGUCUCAUUGGUUGUAAGCCAGAAGGUGCUGCUAAGCACAAUCAUAUCAUUCAAUAUGCACUUGCUCUGGUAUUGAAGGAGAGUUUUAAGGUUUAUUGUGCCAUCAAUGAAGGAAUCAUCAAUCUAGUAGAGAAGUUCUUUGAAAUGCCAAGACAUGAGGCCAUCAAGGCCCUUGAUAUAUACAAGCGUGCGGGUUUGCAGGCUGGCAACCUUUCUGCUUUCUAUGAAGUAUGCAAAGGAUUAGAACUUGCAAGGAAUUUCCAGUUUCCUGUUUUAAGAGAGCCUCCACAAUCUUUUCUUACAACAAUGGAGGAAUAUAUGAGAGACGCACCUCAGAUGGUCGACGUCACAUCUGGGCCACUGCUUCUGACCUAUACGCCGGAUGAGGGGCUUAGUUCUGAAGAUGUUGAACCUUCACAUGAAGAACAUGAAACAUCAUUGCCUUCAGAUAGUACCAUUGUUACCUCUGAAGAGACACAACCUUCUCCCCAGCCGCUUCCUUCAGCAGAAACUCCACAGAACUUCAUUGAUACAGAUGAUCUAUUGGGUCUGCAUGAUGAUACACUUGAUCCGUUAGCAAUUCUGGACCAAAAUGCAUUAGCUUUGGCCUUAGUUUCCACUGAUGUUGAAUCUUCGCCGUUUGAUUUUGGUCAAGCAAGAGAUUUGGAUCCGUCAGGAUGGGAGCUUGCGUUGGUCACAACACCUAGCAAUGAUAUAUCUGCAGCCACAGAGAGGCAACUGGCGGGUGGAUUAGACACGCUCACUUUGAACAGUCUAUAUGACGAUGGAGCCUUCAGAGCUGCCCAACAGCCUGCCUAUGGCGCCCCAGCUUCCAAUCCGUUUGAGGUCCAAGACCUGUUUGCAUUUUCAAACAGUGUUUCACCGCCUUCAGCCGUAAACAACCCAUUCGGUCCCUACCAGCCAACAUAUCAUCAGCAAGAGCAGCAACCACAGGUUCAGGUUGCACCCAGCACUGCAAAUCCUUUUGAUUCCUUCCUUCACCUCCUCCUCUCUCACACUCUCUCUACGCUUGACAUGGCCUUCGAUCUCCACCAUGGCUCAGCUUCAGAUACGCCGCAUUCAUCAGAAUCUCCGUCGUUUUCUCUCCCACCUUAUCCUGAGAUGAUAAUGGAAGCGAUUGAGUCCUUGAACGAUAAGAAUGGUUGCAACAAAACGACGAUUGCUAAGCACAUCGAGUCAACUCAACAAACUCUACCGCCGUCACACACGACGCUGCUCAGCUACCAUCUCAACCAGAUGAAGAAGAAUGGUCAGCUUAUCAUGGUGAAGAACAAUUAUAUGAAACCAGAUCCAGAUGCUCCGCCUAAGCGUGGUCGUGGCCGUCCUCCGAAGCAGAAAACUCAGGCGGAAUCUGACGCCGCCGCUGCUGCUGCUGCUGCUGUCACUGUUGUUUCCGCAGAUCCGCCUAGAUCUCGCGGUCGUCCACCGAAGCCGAAAGAUCCAUCGGAGCCGCCUAAGGAGAAGGUCACAACCGGAUCUGGAAGACCACGAGGACGACCACCGAAGAGAUCGAGAACAGAUGCGGAGACGGUUGCUGCACCGGAGCCGGCAGCUCAGGCAACUGGUGAGCGUAGAGGACGUGGAAGACCUCCGAAGGUGAAGACGACGGUGGUUGCGCCGGUUGGGUGUUGAAUUAUUCGGUACUUAUGCAACUUGGUAAGCUUUAGUUACUGAAAAUUGGAAUCUCUUAAGAGUGAAAGAGAGUGCUUUAGCUUAAUUAGAUUUAUUUUAAUUUCUUUCAGUAUUUGGAUUGUAAACUUUAGAAAUUGUGUGUGUUGUUGCUUAGUCCUUUUAAGGAGAUAAGAUAUAACAUUAGAGUUGUUGCUUAGAUUGUGUAUUAUUAUGGUUAUGAUUUUGCAUUGUGUUAUGUUAAAUGUUGCUUCUUUUGUUGAACAAUUGCUUCUUUAAUUUCAUUUUCACACUUAGGGAAAACUAUGAAAUUGGUUCAUUCAUUAUUGUCAUCUAUUUUCUAUUACACUAAUUUUACGCUACAGUUAGCAGAAGAAGUAAACACUGUGGAAAUCA